UUGUCCGUUUUCUCUCCGCACGAGAUGAUGCCUGCUUGCAGCAUCCAAUUGUCUUGACGCACAUCCUUGGAAAUCUCGAUGCACAUACGUCCACUGCGUAAUUGCCGCCAUGCGAGGUAAAAAGUCAAGCCGGGCUUAUGAUGACGCUAAAUGUAGCACGCCGUCGUCUGUCCCCUUUCCUUCGAUCUUUCCCAAACCACUGAGCACGGACUCAGUGGAUUGGCUGCUCCCGGACCAACUGUGUCUUGUGCGGAAUUUUUUGACGGCAAAAGAAUGCGCGACAUUCAUCACCGCCUGCUCGCAGCUGACAUUCAUCGCCUCGCCACCGCCACGAAAGGGAGAGGCUCAUCGUACCAAUGAUCGUUUCAGCUUUGAGGAUCAGGCUUUUGCCGAAAAGUUGUGGGAAGCAGGACUUGCUCAGUGCUGUCAAGGGUGGGUGGGCAGCGAGGCAAAGGUCAAUGGCAGAACAGCGAGUGGCCUGAAUCCAAACAUUCGCGUCUACCGCUAUUCUCCAUCUCAGCUGUUUGGCGCCCAUUACGAUGACUCUGUGACGGAUCCCAAGACCGGCAAAAAGAGCGAGUGGACUCUGCUCAUCUACUUGUCGGGCAUCGAAGACGGCAUUGAAGGUGGCGAGACCGUGUUCUACAAAGACCAUUCCCGAAAAGGCGACAGCGACAGGGAAAUCGUGGCACCGCUCGAGCGAGGGAGUGCACUGCUGCAUCGACAUGGCAAUGCAUGCAUGCUCCAUGAAGCUCGACCGCCUCGAAAGGGUACCAAAUGGGUUCUUCGAUCGGAUGUCAUGUUCGGCUAAGCAGCAUACUACAAUAUAGCGUACGACAUACCCUGGGACGAGGAAACGAAGCGCUCACGGCUCGUAUUAUUUUGAAAUUGGAAGCCCCACAAUCGCUCUCAGCUGGCCUUUCGCACAUCUGUGCGGACCAAU